AUGGUUGGGCGUAUAUUGAUGGAGAUGUUUCGCGCAGCGGUCAAUAACAAAAUAACGCUAGUUGUCGAGGAGGUCAUGCAACAUGUGCAGCUUGUUAUCGACGACAAUGAUUCUUUGGUGCGGUCGGACCUGGUGGAGCAAAUUCCGAAUGUGGCGAUUAUCUGCCACGAGGCGCCGCAUCUCUUCGGCGACGUUCUCCGCAAUCACCUACUCGGUAUCGUGAUGAAAUACCUGAGCGACCUGGACAACCAGGUACGGCAAAUGGCCCAAAGCGCGCUGACAAUGUUGGUGAAACGAGGCCUCCUUGACAACGACACGAUCGAGAAUGUUAUCUGUCCCACGAUAGAAAGCUUGAUCUGUCCCACGAUGAACGACGAACAUGUCCGAACCGCGAACAUCUCCCUCAUGUGUAGACUGGCACCGCUGAUUGGUAGCGAACUUACAGAGACGGUCUUUCUACCACGAUACCUAGACCUAUGCGAGGAUAACGACAUGAUGGUGAGGAGAAUCUGCGCUACUCACUUUGCGGAAAUGUGCACCGCUGUGGGAAAGGAGAAAUUGUAUAGCAAGCUGAUUCCUACGUUUGUUGAUCUGUGCGGCGACAGAGUGUGGAACGUGCGAAAAGCGUGCGUCGAGGUCAUGAUGCCGGUCGCCUGCUGUUCGACGCCUGAACAUCGCCGAUUGUUACUUGCGGACAUACUGGCUAAACACUUGAACGAUGACUCCAAGUGGGUGCGAAUAUCGGCCUUUCAAAUACUCGGACCGUUCAUAUCGACCUUCGCCAAACAGUUCGCCGAAGUCACGUACAAUAAGAACGGCGAAUUAGUGUAUACCAGUAAGCAGGAUAAUAUCCGCAGCCUAUGUUACUCGUACGAAGGAAUCUUUCCUAUGAAAGGUGCGAUCAAAAGUCAAAUACCAGAUAUCGACGAUAGUAGCAAAAGUUCGUUUUAUCUGCCUGUGAUGAAUGUGAGACAUGAUAGCGUUAAAAUAUUGGAAACCUCAGAAAAAAAAGAUCGCGAAAGAGACCUAUAUAAAGAACUUCGAAUAAUGUAUAAUGAUGAACAUCAACUCAAGAAAGAGAUGGAGGAAACGGAGAAAUAUAAUCCAUUUUUAUAUUAUUAUAUACCUCCGGAUAUACCGCUGGAUGAUGAACUUACCCAUGCUGCGAGGCAAUCGGUGAUGAAUCGUAAUAACGCCCAGAACGCGACGGCAACGGAACAAAAUUUGACCGAGGAAAAUUGCUCGUUCUCCUGGUCUUCCGAAUUCACUCCAAUUCCCGUCGAGAAUUCGAAUGAGGAUGAUUCAAACAUGAACGAGCAAUCAGUCGAUAAAUUCGAUGAACAAAAAGAAGAUGAUGAUGAUGAUGAUGACGAAGAAGACUGUUUUCCGAGGGCGGAUUCGUUGGACGACACCCAAGAGUGUAACCUCGAUUGUACCCUAGACGCUCUACCUAGAAAAUAUCUAUAUCAUAUGUGCUACAUAGAUUCCAUAGGCAAGAAUGACGAAUCUUGUGAGAACUUAAACGCGAAACAUAAUGGACAAGAGAUCGUACCUCAGGAAUUAAUCAAUUAUUACGUAUCGAUGGCCGAUCCAGAACAAUGCGUGGAUAUGGGUGCCGAAAUCCCGCAUCAUUGUGCCUUCAGUUUUCCCGCAGUCGCGUUUACGCUGGGCAAAGAUAACUGGCACUACUUAAAAAAGGCUUACCAGUCGUUGUCGAGCGCGAAACACUGGAAGGUCAGGCGUACUCUAGCAUCCAGCAUUCACGAGAUUGCCAUGAUAUUAGGCGAAGACCUCACUGCCACUGACCUCGUGCCAAUCUAUGACGGUUUUAUCAAGGAUUUGGACGAGGUCAGAAUAGGUGUGCUCAAGCACCUUGCGAUCUUUCUGAAAAUACUCAAACCCGCCGACCGCUGUCAAUAUCUACCAAGGUUAAGCGACUUCCUCGCCACGGAUAACGAAUGGAACUGGAGGUUCAGGGAGGAACUGGCCACGCAAUUGCUCGAGAUUGUGAGCCUGUUCAGCCCGAGCGACGUGGCCCGGAGUAUCGCGCCGCUGUCUAUCCAAUUGCUUGUAGAUAAGGUUGCCGCCGUUAGAACCAUCGCGCUUGAACUGAUUACGCAAAUAAUGUGCUAUUUGUCCACCGAGGACGUCCUGGUGACGUCCCUUAUUCUCGAGCUUCGAGAGACUCUAGUUCUAGACGCUGAUAAGUGGACAUACCGGCAAACUUAUGCACUCCUGUGCGCCCAACUGAUCCGCAACAACGCGAUCACGGGAGAGAAGUUCUGUAAGGAAAUGUUACCAUGUUUGAUAACUUUGUCACGCGACAGAGUACCUAACGUAAGAUUAGCCGUGGCGAGAACUAUAGCGACGGAUGUGAUUGCGAUGGGUUUGGACAAUUUGGGCAUGGAAGCGUUGGAAGAAGUGGAAAGAAUACUCACGAAAAUGCGCGUUGAUGCGGAUCGAGAUGUGCGAGUGCUGGCCGGUGGUGAAGAGCAACAAAUAGACAUACUGGCUUAUUGUUCCUCCGACGAGAACAAUCAAGUCGAACAAGCAAGAAAUAUACUAUUUUAA